AUCACUUCGACGGAAAAAACCCAUUGAAAAAUUAUGAAAAAAUCUCCAGCUUAUGGUACGACUGUUGAGUAGUGAACUGUAUAAACCAAUAGUUAAAAAUGUUUAAGAAUGUGGUUGGAAACUUACGUUUCCUCGGAGUUAACAAAUUGAGUGUUCGUCCAGCAUUAACUAGAUCUUAUGCUGCAUUUAAUCGUUCAAAACCUCAUGUUAAUAUUGGUACUAUUGGUCAUGUUGAUCAUGGUAAAACUACUUUAACUGCUGCUAUUACUAAAGUUUUAUCAGAAAGAGGUGGAGCUAAUUUCUUAGAUUAUAGUUCUAUUGAUAGAGCUCCAGAAGAAAGAGCUAGAGGUAUUACUAUUUCAACUGCUCAUGUUGAAUAUGAAACUGAAAAUAGACAUUAUGCACACGUUGAUUGUCCUGGUCAUGCUGAUUAUAUUAAAAAUAUGAUUACUGGUGCUGCUCAAAUGGAUGGUGCUAUUAUUGUUGUUGCUGCUACUGAUGGUCAAAUGCCUCAAACUAGAGAACAUAUUUUAUUAGCUAGACAAGUUGGUGUUCAAGAAUUAGUUGUCUUUGUUAAUAAAGUUGAUACUAUUGAUGAUCCAGAAAUGUUAGAAUUAGUUGAAAUGGAAAUGAGAGAAUUAUUAUCUAAAUAUGGUUUUGAUGGUGAUAAUACUCCAGUUAUUAUGGGUUCUGCUUUAUGUGCUUUAGAAGGUAAACAACCAGAAAUUGGUUCUGAAGCUAUUUUAAAAUUAUUAGAUGCUGUUGAUGAACAUAUUCCAACUCCAGUUCGUGAUUUAGAAAAACCUUUCUUAUUACCAGUUGAAGAUGUCUUUUCUAUUUCUGGUAGAGGUACUGUUGUUACUGGUAGAGUUGAAAGAGGUCAAUUAAAGAAGGGUGAAGAAAUUGAAAUUGUUGGUGGAUUUGAUAAACCAUAUAAGGCAACUGUUACUGGUAUUGAAAUGUUUAAAAAGGAAUUAGAUUCUGCUAUGGCUGGUGAUAAUUGUGGUAUUUUAUUAAGAGGUGUUAAAAGAGAUGAAGUUAGCAGAGGUAUGGUUUUAGCUAAACCAGGAACUGUUAGUUCUUAUAAGAAAUUCUUAGCUUCUUUAUAUAUUUUAACUACUGAAGAAGGUGGUCGUCACUCUUCAUUUGGUGAAAAUUAUAAACCACAAGCUUUCUUUAGAACUACUGAUGUUACUUGUUCAUUCAAAUUCCCAGAAGGUGAAGAUCACUCUAAAAUGAUUUUCCCAGGUGAUAAUGUUGAAAUGGUUGGUGAAUUAAUUAAAGCUACUCCAAUUGAAGUUGGUCAAAAUUUCAAUAUUAGAGAAGGUGGUAAGACCGUUGGUACUGGUUUAAUCACUAGAAUUCUCGAUUAGAUGUUGACUACUAUUAUACUAUAUUAUUAUGAAUUAUCUUACUUAUAUAUAUAAAAGAUAUUCACUUAUAUAAAUUAGUCUUUGUAUAUAGGAUAACUAUUUAAAUUUACUUGUUUAAUAAAAAUCCAAUUUUGUAUAAA